CGGGGGCCGGGCCCUGAGCGAAGAUGGAGGCCCCGCUGCGGCCUGCCGCGGACAUCCUGAGGCGGAACCCGCAGCAGGACUACGAGCUCGUCCAGAGGGUCGGCAGCGGCACCUACGGGGACGUCUACAAGGCUAGAAAUAUUCAUACAGGAGAGUUGGCUGCAGUAAAAAUUAUCAAAUUGGAGCCUGGAGAUGAUUUUUCUUUGAUUCAACAAGAAAUAUUUAUGGUUAAAGAAUGCAAACACUGCAACAUUGUUGCCUACUUUGGGAGCUAUCUCAGUCGAGAAAAACUGUGGAUUUGUAUGGAAUACUGUGGUGGUGGAUCACUUCAAGAUAUUUACCAUGUUACUGGGCCAUUAUCAGAAUUGCAAAUAGCCUAUGUAUGCAGAGAAACUUUACAGGGUCUUGCCUAUUUGCAUACUAAGGGCAAAAUGCAUAGAGAUAUCAAAGGUGCAAAUAUUUUAUUGACAGAUCAUGGUGAUGUAAAAUUAGCUGACUUUGGCGUGGCUGCAAAAAUAACAGCCACCAUUGCAAAGAGAAAAUCUUUCAUUGGCACUCCCUACUGGAUGGCCCCAGAAGUUGCAGCAGUAGAAAAGAAUGGUGGCUACAACCAGCUCUGUGAUAUCUGGGCCGUGGGAAUAACAGCGAUUGAACUUGGAGAACUCCAGCCACCUAUGUUUGAUCUCCAUCCAAUGAGGGCCCUCUUCUUAAUGUCAAAAAGUAAUUUUCAGCCUCCAAAACUAAAGGACAAAACAAAAUGGUCAUCAACAUUCCAUAAUUUUGUCAAAAUAGCACUAACCAAAAACCCCAAAAAAAGACCAACCGCUGAAAGACUUCUGACUCAUACGUUUGUAGGGCAGCCAGGUCUCUCUAGGGCCCUAGCAGUCGAGCUGUUGGACAAAGUGAAUAAUCCAGACAACCAUGCACAUUACACUGAGGGAGAUGACGAUGACUUUGAGCCCCAUGCUAUCAUUCGUCAUACAAUUAGAUCUACAAACAGGAAUGCCAGAGCUGAACGGACAGCUUCAGAAAUAAAUUUUGACAAAUUACAGUUUGAACCUCCUCUGAGAAAAGAAACAGAAGCACGGGAUGAAAUGGGAGUGUCAUCAGACCCAAAUUUUGUAUUACAGUGGAAUCCUUUUGUUGAUGGUGCAAAUACUGGCAAAUCAACCUCAAAACGUGCAAUACCACCUCCCUUACCUCCUAAGCCAAGGAUAAACAGCUACCCUGAAGACAGCCUCCUAGAUGAAGAAAAGUCAUCAACUAUAAAACGUUGUCCUGAUUCAGAGAACAGAGCUCCCCAGUUUCUCAGAAGACAGAGUAGCCCGAGUUGUGGUCCUGUAACUGAGACUUCCUCUAUGGGUAUGGCUAGCAGUAUCAGCAGUCCUGGAGUGCAUACAGCUAGAUACUGUGAUCUGGGAAAUGGUGAUGGUAUUUCAAAACUGAUUAGUGAAAAUACAGAAGGAUCAGCACAAGCACCACAGUUACCAAGGAAAAAGGACAAGCGAGAUUUCCCGAAACCUGCCAUCAAUGGCCUUCCACCCACCCCAAAAGUGCUGAUGGGAGCAUGUUUUUCCAAAGUUUUUGAUGGCUGCCCUUUGAAAAUUAAUUGCGCAACAUCCUGGAUACAUCCUGAUACAAAAGAUCAAUACAUUAUUUUUGGAACCGAAGAUGGUAUUUACACAUUGAAUCUCAAUGAGCUACAUGAGGCCACAAUGGAACAGUUAUUUCCACGAAAAUGUACUUGGCUCUAUGUUAUCAAUAAUACUUUAAUGUCCUUAUCAGAAGGAAAAACCUUUCAACUCUAUUCUCAUAACCUUAUAGCUUUGUUUGAACAAGCCAAAAAACCAGGAUUAGCUGCCCAUAUUCAAACUCACAGGUUUCCAGAUCGCAUACUACCAAGAAAGUUCGCUUUAACAACAAAGAUUCCUGAUACAAAAGGCUGCCACAAAUGUUGCAUAGUCAGAAACCCUUACACAGGACAUAAAUACCUCUGUGGAGCUUUACAGUCUGGAAUUGUUUUACUUCAGUGGUAUGAGCCAAUGCAGAAGUUCAUGUUGAUAAAGCACUUUGAUUUUCCUUUGCCAAGUCCUUUGAAUGUUUUUGAAAUGCUAGUAAUACCAGAACAGGAGUACCCUAUGGUCUGUGUAGCUAUUAGCAAGGGUACUGAAUCAAAUCAGGUUGUUCAGUUUGAGACAAUCAAUUUGAACUCUGCAUCUUCAUGGUUUACAGAAAUUGGCGCAGGCAGCCAACAGUUAGAUUCCAUUCAUGUAACACAGUUGGAGAGAGAUACCGUUUUAGUGUGUUUAGAUAAAUUUGUAAAAAUUGUAAAUCUACAAGGAAGACUAAAAUCAAGUAAGAAACUGGCCUCCGAGCUAAGUUUUGAUUUUCGCAUUGAAUCUGUAGUAUGCCUUCAAGAUAGUGUGUUGGCUUUCUGGAAACAUGGAAUGCAGGGUAAAAGCUUCAAAUCAGAUGAGGUUACCCAGGAGAUUUCAGAUGAAACAAGAGUUUUCCGCUUAUUGGGAUCAGACAGGGUUGUCGUUUUGGAAAGUAGGCCAACAGAAAAUCCUACUGCACACAGCAAUCUUUACAUCUUGGCUGGACAUGAAAAUAGUUACUAAACAACAAAAACUGAUCUCAAAUGACAAGAAAAUGACCAUACUCCAUUGAAAGCAAAAAAUGUCUUAAGUUCAGUACAAACUACACUAUGAUUUAUUUUAACUUUUAUGGGUUAUAUCUCAAAUGAUCUGUACCUUAAGGUAGAAUUCAAUAUUUUCUGUAGCUGGAAACAGCUGUUCUAUCUCUUGCCACUGUGUGGUGGUUAUAUCAAGUUUGCUUAAUAAAAGCUAUGAGACAAAUAGUCCUCUAGUUCCAGGAAACACAGUCUUUUAAAAAAAUAAUGUUUGUAACAAGGGUGCCAUGAUAUUUUUAGAUAACUCAUGUGAUUAUCCUCAGAGAGAUAAAUUUAGUGAUAGUUUUCUUAUUUUAUACCAUGUUUUAUUCCUUCUUAAUGAGCAUAAUUUGAUAAAAAAAAAAAAUUGUCAAGUAAGCCUUUCACUUUUACAUUGGCCAUUCUGUAUGUUUUUGUAAAAUAGAAUAUUUAAUCCUUAUUUAUUAAUCUCUCGCUGGAGUGGUGUGAUAUAUGUAACUUUUAGCAGAGGAGGGUUUCAGAGCAGCUUAAAUUUUUUUUUAAUGUAUAAAAAUUUUGUUUACCUUUUAAGAGUAGUACUUUGAGGGGUUAAAGGCAGUGUGUUUGGGUUAGUACAUACACGCAGUUUUGCUUAACACAAGUAUUUUAUAAUACAGGAUCAUCCAGAAUUGCCUUAAGAGGGAGUUUUGAGUUUUUGAUUAUAAUAUAGGGGGUCAUACAGAAGAUAUUGAUAAUGGUUGAAAUAUUGUUAGAGGGGUGUGUAUGUCUAGAUGUGACUACCAUGUGUAUGUAUUCUUGACAAGCAGUAUAAUAUACCUGUGAUUUUUUUUACACUAGGGAUCAUGCAUAAUAAAUUAAUAUUCAUAUAUAUUAUCAUCCCUGAUGUAGGGGGGGAUGUAUUUAACUGCCCAUGAUAUGUAUUUUACUUAUACUAUACCAGAGGGGAACUGUAAAGCAGCUACAUGUGUAAUCUUGGUUUUUUUUUUCCACAUAUGUAGGUAUUCAUUUUGAGUAGGUUUAAGAAAAAAAAAUCUUUAAAUAAAAUUGAAUUCCUAAUGGGAUAGUAUAAAUAAGUAUUAUAAAAACCAGUAUUCUAAAAAUAAGAAGGGAUAGGGCCAUUAUGAGUUUGCUUCUCUUUUGCUAUUGUUAGUAUUCAAAAUUAAAGUGUCACAUUUGGUACCUAUUGUCUUAAUGUACUUACUGAGAACAGUUAGCAUUGAGAUGAUGAACAAGAGGUUAGCAAUAGUGAAGUAUAGAUUAUUUUCAGCAGUUACUUGAGAGGAAGACAGUAUAACAAUCUUUCAGUCUUUAGCAAUUCUAUAUAAUAGUAUUAUCAUCCCCAUUUUUCAGAUGAGGAAAUAAGGGUUUAGCCAGGUUAAGAGAGUCACCCCGUUCACACAGCAAGUUGGUGGUUGAGCCAGACUAUGAGUCUUGUGACUCUGUUCUUUUCACUAUGCAAACAAUAAAAUGUUAUGCAAAUAAAAUAUAAAGUAAAUUUUCUUUAAAAAUGCACAUAU